AUGAAAUUCCAAAUCCCACCUUUCUACGGGAAAUAUGAUUCAGAAGCAUAUCUUCAUUGGGAGCGGAAGAUUGAGCUGAUCUUUGAUUGUCAAGAUUUGGAUGGUCCACAAAAAGUCCGAGCUGCGGUCUCCGAGUUCAAAGAUUAUGACAUUCAUUGGUGGGACAAUAUUUGCCUAAAUCGAAGGCGAGGUGGAGCACCGAUGAUUCAAACAUGGGAGGAGUUGACACGUGUCAUGCGAGCUAAAUUUGUGAUGAGUUCGGAUACGCAAGAAUUGCAUGUUCGACUGCAAUCGAUGAAGCAAGGAAAUAGGACAGUCGAUGAGUUCUACAAGGAUUUGGAGGUGAAUUUAAUGCGGGCUUAUGUUCGAGAGAGUCAACAAGCCACGGUAGCGAGGAUCUUGACGGGGCUGAAUCGAGACAUUGCUGACAAAGUGAGAUUGUAUCGUUUUGAUGAUAUUGAUGAAUUGGUGGAACGUGCUAUUACUAUCGAGAAGCAAUUGAAGCGUAAGGGCAAACAGAAAACAUUUGGUACGAAGCCCUUCACACCAAAUUAUACCAAGAAGGAUGACAAAACCCAAGUGGGUCAAGGAUACGGUAAAGGAAAAGGUAUUAUCAAGGAUGACACGCCACGGAACAAGCAUGUUGGAGCUGAUCCGGAGAAGCCGAGGAAUCGAGAUAUCAUUUGCUUCAAGUGUCAAGGUCGAUGCCACAUUGCAACUCAAUGCCCAAACAAAAAAACGAUGAUCCUCAAUAAGUUUGGGGAAUACGAAAUGGAAUCUGAAAAUGAGGAGGGGGUUGAUCAAAGAGUAGAUGAGGAAAAUAACACGGAUGAUGAUUCUGAUUCUGGUGUUGGUUUGAAUUUGGUUACCUUACGAGCCUUAAGCACUAUGUCAAGGACCUUUGAUGAGGAACAACGAGAAAAUCUCUUUCAAACUCGUUGCAUAAUUGGAGGCAAAGUGUGUAGCCUCAUUAUUGAUAGUGGGAGUUGCACAAAUACUGUAAGUGAACUUGCUGUUCGAAAAUUGAAUUUGCUAACAACACCCCACCCCAAACCAUUCAAAUUGCAGUGGGUUAGCAAUUGCGGAAAGUGGAAUGUGAACAAGCAGGUGACGGUUCCUAUCAAGAUAAAAAAUUAUGAGGAUCAAGUCGUUUGUGAUGUGCUACCGAUGCAAGCUUGUCACGUAUUACUUGGAAGGCCAUGGCAGUUUGAUAGAAAGACUCAUCAUGAUGGAUAUUUGAAUAGAUACUCAUUUGAGUUUGGGAGUAGAAAGAUAUGUUUAAAGCCGUUGUCUCCAAUGGAUGUCCAUGAGGACCAACUCUACAUGCAUCGUCAAUUUUUGGAAGAAGCCAAAGAAAAGAGAGAAAGAAAAAAGAGUGAGAAAAAUAAGAGUGAAAAAAGUGAGCAUAGGAGUGAGAAAAGUGAGAGCGAAAAAAAUAAGAGUGACAAAAGAGAGCAACAAGAGCUAAUGAAACUCCCUCCCAAUGUUGCUUCUCUUUUGCAGGAAUAUCAAGAUGUGUUUCCUGAUGAAGUAACCGGAGGAUUACCACCUAUUCGGGGCAUUGAGCACCAGAUGGAUCUCAUUCCGGGUGCAUCAAUUCCAAAUUGUCCAGCUUACAAGGCAAGUCCAGAGGAAGUCAAGGAAAUACGUAAGCAUGUGGAUGAGUUGCUUGACAAAGGCUGGAUUCGCGAAAGCCUAAGCCCUUGUGCUGUACCGGUUCUUCUUGUCCCAAAGAAGGAUGGCGGGUAG